AUGGAAUUUACAGGGGAGACCGUGGAUGGGGUUCUUGGCAAGACCGGGGGCUCUUACUACAAUACCCUCCGCUUUCCUAGGAAUACCUUCUCGCUGAUUGACAGCCUUAUGAUUAAGUUCAAUAAUGUUGUGGUUCAAAAUAUUACCGAUUAUAAUGUCGUUCAAAACAUACUAUUCGAUAUCGUCUCGAACAACCAGGACGCAGACGGUCGUAUGAAUUGCUCUAUGUUGAACAACGACCCAAGCGUAAAAGUAGCCGGCGAUUAUCGAUACAUUGGCUGUGGGCCAAUCAGCACUACCCUCGUCGAUGGCACCACUGCUCUGGACGCAUCGGACGAUAUCUGUAAGGACAGGGCCAACUACUAUAUUAAGAACUGGCUGGGCAUCCUCCAGCAGGGCAACGUGAAUAUUAUCGACACAAGUCUGGUCGGGACUAUCCAGAUUACCAUUGGAUUUGCCUCAGCGGCUGUGUUGGCUAAGAGCUACCCCAACGCUACAGAUGAAACCACAUACCCAAGCCCUGACUACACCCUGAGCGACAUCAAGUUCAAUAUGACUAAAAUCAAUAUGCCGUCGUGGUGGUAUGAGGGCAUGAGAACUCAGCUAAUGAACGGGACAACCUAUUCAUUGUAUUUCCCGCAUUACAAUGUCUUCACGGGCCAGUCGAACCCGAGCAAGAGUCAGACCACUAGAUUUACCAUCGCUUCAGACAGUCUGGAUUACGUUCUCGGAACUUUUAUCCCAAGUGACUACACCGACACUACCAAACUCAAGACCUUCGGCGAUUCGACUAAUAAUAAAGACAAAACCAUCGAUGCUGUCAUAUCGGGAGGCAAAGGUUCUUCUCAGAAUCAGAGCCGAUAUUUCCGGCGAAACGGUGACAAUUUGCUGAGCUCUCAAUGGACGCUUGGCAGUGAGAAGUUGCCCCAGGUCCCGAAUACCCUCACGGGCUGUGUCCAGUCUGUGGUGGAGGCGUUCAACCUCCACCAAUCAGCAGACGGCGGAUUUUAUAAGGGCUGUACUGACAUUGAGAUGUUUUCAACAUUUUUCUUUGCCGAUAUUUUGAGUCUCCAACACGUCGGAGAUACGAGCGGAAUUAUGCUGGUUUCGGGCCUAGACACAAGGCAGCUCCCAAUAAUCGUCGAAUGGUCCACAAGAGAUGUUGGAACAACUACUUAUUCGACUUCAAGUCAAUAUUGGACACCAUUCAUCAUCGCCGCAGAGACCCGCAAAUGCGAUAUCAGUGCCGGAAACAGUGUGAGCAUCAAUUAA